AAAGUGACAGAGCAGACAUUGAAAGCAACACCCAACGAAUUGCUUCCCUACACCACCUUCCUCCAAACACAUUCUGCUUCCUUCACUAUCUCUUACUUAUAUGCACUUCUGCAUCUCUGCAUCUAAGCACACACAAAACACACAUAUUUUUUAUCUUCAGUUUUUGUGAAGAAAGACAAUCUUUUUACACUACAAUCCUCAGUUCUUGAAUACCCAUUUUCUCAAAUUGUUAAAUUGUUGCUAAAAAAGUGAUCUUUAUUAGUUUGGGUUUGGGGGGUUUGUGUGAGCAAGAGAUGUGGGAUGCUUCAAGGUUUAAUGGAUCUCUUGUCUCUUUGCUGGAAGCCAUUUAGUGGCACUGAUAAUUCUGGUGGUAGGGGUGUUAAGAGUAAUCAUAGUAAUGGAGGUGAUGGUGAUUUUGGGAAAGAUGGGUUGCUUUGGUUUAGGGAUUCAGGGAAGUGUGCUAGUGGGGAUUUUUCAAUGGCUGUGAUUCAGGCUAAUAUGGUUCUUGAAGAUCAGAGCCAGAUUGAAUCUGGGCCUUUUGGAACAUUUGUAGGUGUUUAUGAUGGUCAUGGUGGUCCGGAGGCGGCUCGAUAUGUGUGUGAUCAUUUGUUUAGGCAUUUUCAAGCAAAGUCAGCUGAUGACAAUGGUGUGGUGACACCAGAUACAAUCAGAAGAGCUUUCCUGGAGACAGAGAAAGGUUUUACUGCUCGUGUGGAAGAAAUGUGGCCUGCGCGACCCAAUUUUGCAACUGUGGGAGCAUGCUGUUUAGUUGGAGUGAUAUAUCAGCAAACUCUAUUUGUGGCGAAUCUUGGAGAUUCCCGUGUUGUUUUGGGGAAGAAAAUUGGAAACACUGGAGUUAUGGCUGCUAUACAGUUGUCAGCAGAGCACAAUGCCAACAUCGAGGAAACAAGACGGGAGCUUAAAGAAUUACAUCCUGGUGAUCCUCAGAUCGUUGUCCUCAAACAUGGAGUCUGGAGAGUAAAAGGCAUCAUUCAGGUUUCUAAAUCUAUAGGGGAUGUGUAUAUGAAGCAUGCACGCUUUAACAGGGAGCCAAUUAAUGGAAAAUUUCGGCUUCCUGAACCAAUGAACAUGCCCAUCAUGAGUGCAACUCCAUCUAUACUUUCUCAUCCUCUUCAAGCUGGUGACUCUUUCCUUAUAUUUGCUUCUGAUGGUUUAUGGGAGCACCUGAGUAAUGAAAAGGCUGUGGAGAUUGUCCACAACAAUCCUCGUGCAGGUAGUGCCAAGAGGCUUGUCAAGGCUGCUCUGCAGGAAGCAGCUAGAAAACGAGAAAUGCGAUAUUCAGAUCUUAGAAGGAUUGAGAAGAAGGUCCGGCGUCAUUUCCAUGAUGAUAUAACUGUCUUUGUUUUGUUCUUGAACCAUGACCUGAUAUCUAAAGGCAUGGGGCUCGAUAAUCGACUCUCACUUAGAAGCGCUCUAGAGCACUGAUUGAUUUUUCGGUUCUGACCAUAAUUUAUUGGAUCUGGUUUCAUGGAGAUACAACAUAAGCACGCCUGUAAGGCUAGCAAGCAGCAUUUAGAAACCAAUGUUGCUCUUUGAUACUGAUAGAAAGCUUUUAUAUCAUUAGUUCAAGAAAUGUAGAGAAGAUAUUUUUGGUCUUUGGCUCUUUGCUAGCCAAACUGUUCGGAAGUGUGUUGUUUUCAUCUACUGUAGUUAUGGAAAGCUGCUUAUAAUUUUAAAUUUA